AUGGCUCAACCCGCAAAGAUCAUCAUGUUCCCGCCCUGCCGCGUGCACGGCACGAAACCUCUCACCGCCGCGGAAGCCCAACCGCUCCUCGCAACCUACCUCGCCAAAUCCACCAAGAAACCCUGCCUCCACCCAGACGCGUGGCUGCGUGCUGAAGGUGUCCGCCACGGCUUCAAAGGCGGUCCUUCCGGUGGAUUCGUCAUGCACCACUUGCGACGCAUCGAAGCUGGAUUGAGAGGAGAAUCGCUACAGCCAGAGACUACUCAGGAAUUGGUGUUGAAAUUUGGAGAAGACGCCGUAGUAGAGGCUACAGGGAUGAGUCUGGGAGAUGUACAGGCUGCUGUAGGGAAUGAGGAUGAGAUUGACAAAUCUUUGGGCGACGAUACGAGGGUGGAUAAGGUUAUCAAGGAAGGCGACAAUGAGCGGGCGAAGCGCAGGAAGGAAAAGAAAGAACGAAGGGAGCGGGAGAAAGCUGCCAAGGCUGCUGGAGCUUCCCUCCCAAUAUCACCCCCAAAGAAGCGCAAGCGUGCCGAAGAACAGGAAGAAGCGGAGGACUCUGAAGCAAGAUCUGGGGCUAAUACCCCCUACGCCGAUUCGAUGGUGGCUUUUUCCGAAUCAAAAUGGACCAGCAAGGAAGAAUACGAACAAUCACAAUCUAUCCUCGAAGGCGAAGUCGGCGAGCGAGGAGGUGCGCCCGUUGUGCGACAGGAUGGAAAGCCACCGGUGGUGGUGGAGCACGAUGGGGAUGGAAAUGUCAUCAUUCCUCCCAAGAAGAGGGAUAAGCCUUUGAGCCAGGCGCAAAAACUCAAUAGGAAAGAGGCGAAGAAGAUGAGGAGGAGACAGAAUUUGGACCAAUGA